GCUUUAUCUCUUCUCCACACCAGUAGUACUCCACUAUAGCGUAUCAAAUGGGUUCUAUACCAAAAAGUACUAAGAAACCACAUGUGGUAUGUAUCCCUUACCCAGCACAAGGCCAUAUCAACCCCAUGACAAAACUAGCUAAACUCCUUCACUCUAAAGGCUUCCACAUCUCCUUUGUAAACACUCACUACAACCAUAAACGCUUGCUCCGGUCCAAUGGUCCCUUUUCCCUCGAUGGCCUGCCCGAUUUUCGUUUCUACUCCAUUACAGAUGGCCUUCCACCAUCUGAUGCUGAUGCCACCCAGCCAGUUGCUGCUCUAUGUGAAAGUGUAGCUAAACAUAGUUUGGAACCCUUUUGUGAGGUCAUUACUAGGCUUAAUAAUGAUGCUAAAAAUGAUCAAUCCGGCGUACCGCCUGUUAGCUGUAUAGUGUCGGAUGGAUGCAUGAGCUUUACACUUGAAGCUGCUGACAGGUUUGGGUUGCCAGAAGUUCUAUUUUGGACACCAAGUGCUUGUGGGAUUUUGGCUUACACUUACUAUCGUGAGCUUAUUGAAAAAGGUUACACUCCCCUCAAAGAUAUGAGUUAUGUCACAAAUGGUUACUUAGAAACAACCUUAGAUUGGAUUCCCGGGAUGAAAAACAUCAAGUUAAGGGAUUUCCCAAGCUUCAUUCGAACGACAGACAUAAACGAUAUCUUGUUCAACUAUCUCAUGACCGAGGCCGAGACAAUCCCUAGAGGCUCAGCAGUCGUGAUCAACACUUUUGAUGCCUUGGAACAAGAUAGUAUUAACCCCUUAAUUUCCAAAAACCCGCGAAUAUUCACCAUCGGCCCACUUCACCUAAUGCAAAAAUAUGUGCAAAAUCAUCAAGUGAAACAAAUUGGGUCCAAUCUUUGGAAGGAAGAUGUGGGUUGCAUCAAUUGGCUCGACACAAAGGCCCCUGGCUCGGUUGUUUUUGUAAAUUUUGGAAGUAUAACUGUCAUGACAAAGGAACAAUUAACCGAGUUUGGAUGGGGACUAGCUAAUAGCAAAAAGGACUUUUUAUGGAUCACUAGGCCGGAUAUUGUGGGCGGCGACGAGGCUAUGAUGCCACCGGAGUUUGUUGACGAGACUAAAGGAAGAGGCAUGGUGACUAGCUGGUGCCCUCAAGAACAGGUUUUGAAGCAUCCGGCCAUAGGAGGAUUCUUGACACACAGUGGAUGGAACUCGACAAUUGAGAGUAUUAGCAGUGGCGUUCCAAUGAUUUGUUGGCCAUUUUUUGCAGAGCAACAAACGAAUUGUCGGUAUUGUUGUAUAGAGUGGGAAAUCGGAAUAGAAAUAGAUACCGACGUGAAGAGGGAAGAGGUGGAGGCUCAAGUGAGGGAGUUGAUAGAUGGGGAGAAAGGAAAGAAGUUGCGGGACAAGAUUUUAGAAUGGAAAAAGAAAGCUGAGGAAGCUGUUUCUAUUGAUGGAUCAUCUUAUCUCAAUCUUGAUAGAUUGAUUAAUGAUGUUCUCUUGAAAACGUGAGCUAAUAUAUCUUUCAUAUUCACCUAAUAUGUUUCAAGAAGUCUUGCUUGCAAAAGUUUUUACCUAUUGGAACUUGGUCCAAAUUAUUGCGUUUGCAUUGAUUGUAAUUUAGAGUGAGUUAUAAUAAGCUGAUGUCUCCACGAUUUAUGUAAACCUACAAAACAAUGAUAAUUUUAUGUAUUGUUAUUAUUCAUGAAAGUUUAGCA